AUGAUGACGUGCCGUCUGCUGUGCGCCCUGUUGGUGCUCGCCCUGUGCUGCUGCCCGUCCGUCUGCGUGACAGCGUCUGAUGAAGGUACAGCUGGUAAAGCUGGAGAACACUCCGAUCCAGCGAAGUCUAAUUUAGAGGUAACAAAUCAGGUGGCUCAAUUGCCUGGUAAAAGUUCUCUUCCGCCAAAGAUAAGUGAGGGAGGGAUAGGAACGGCAGAGUCACAAAGUGAUCUCAACCAGGCACAGGGUCAGGAAAACGAUGAGAAACCCACUAAUGAAGAGGCGGGUCGUCAUGAGUCCGAAAACGCAAAAGACCAAAAUCAAAAAACAAAUGCAAUAAAUAAGACAACCACUACGACAACCACGACCACCACUGCGCCAGAGGCAUCAAGUACGACAAAUACAGAGGCGCAAACCACGACGACCACCCGCGCACCGUCACAUCUUCGCGAAAUGGACGGCAGCCUCAGCGGCUCUGCGUGGGUGUGUGCCCCGCUGCUGCUCGCCGUAUCCGCGCUGGCGUACACCACUGUGGGCUGA